GGAGCAGGGGACGGAGGGCGGAAUGUGGGCGGGGUCAAGUUUAGAAUUACAAGUGCCCGAGGAGUGGGAACCACACUUUAAAUAGACAGCACCUCCCUUUCCCCCUGGACAGUUCUUCUCCCCUCUGACAGGACCUCUGGUAGCAGCUACGCUAAGGUUGGUGCUGUUUUCUUCUCUUUUUCUCCUGCUUCUGGGUCUCAGACUGUAGGUGGGUAGGAUUCACGGGACCUACAGUCAAAGGGUUUUGGGAUCCUCUCCUGGAAACUAUGACAUUUAUGUGUGAUGUGCAAAGACUAUAUGCUAUUGUCUUGACUUUCUGGAACUUCAGUGGCCGCUGAUUUAAGGGCCAAUGUGAUUUGGAGAAAGAGACCAAACGGAGAGGAAAGACAUUUGGGUUUACUUCUAAGAAAAUCAAGGCUCUUUUCUGAGACAAGAUUGAAAGUUGAAAGAACAUAAAACUUUUGACAGGAUUAAAAGAAAAUAAAAAUUUGAGUGCCUGUUAUACUAUGAAGUACAUAUAUAUAUAUAUCCUCAUUUAAUCUUCAUGGCUAAGUGUAUCCCGUCACCCUCGCUUUUACAGACAAACAAACCGAGACUCAGAGUAAUUAAUUCACUUCCUUGAAGUCGUGUGGUCUCUGGUGCAGAGCUAUGAUUUGAACCCAGGCUUGUCCUUCAGUUGCACGAUGCUGCCUCUGAGGACUGGUACCCAGCGUGGCUAAGGGACCCAGGGGUCCCUAGGGGUCUGUUCUUCUAGGGUCUGGGGGAAUGGAGAAGUGAGGGAGAUGGAAGACAUCUUCCAUCAUUGGAAGACAUCCAUCAGUCCCAGAACCUGCACAAGACAUGAGGAGACCUUCUCAAAAGGACUGGGGAAGCUUCUGAGGGCCAGCUGCUUGGGUUUCUCCUUCUUAACCCACAGUCUUUGAAGUGCAUUCAUUUAUCAAAUACGCAAUAUGUUCCUGACCUCCCUCAGACUUUCUGGAUCCCUCGGGGAAGCCCCGCUGGGAAGGCAGAGCCACAGGAGAAUCUGUAGCCAGUUGGGGCUCCUGUGAGAAAAUGGUGUCCAUGCGAACUUUUCUCAGGGAGUAGAAAGAAGUGCGUGUACCCACUUCUCCAGAGAGGGGGCCGCCGUAUACAGUCGGGGAUGCUUACGCUAAACCCACCAGCCAGUAUGACUGCGGGAGGUAAGUGAACAAGCAAGGCAGCGUGGGCUCAGGUUCCGGCUGUGCCACACGGCUGCACCCGUGUCACCCAGCCUCUCUGAACUGCAGCUUCCUGCUUACAAAGCAGAGGGAAUACUGCUCACAUCUCAGAGCUGUGUGGAUUGAACGAAAUAACUGUAUGUAAAGCACUUAGUCUACGGUAGCUGUUCACUGAACGUGGGCCACAUCCAAUCGCAUCCUCAAUCCCAGUACGAGUCUAGGAAAGGGCCGGGAAGGGUGUAGCACUGCGGCUCUGUAUUCAUUUUACGUUGCCUUCUCUACUAAUAGAGUCGUGCACCGGCCAACACCAAAAAAGAAAAAGAGCCCAGAGUUCGGGACUUCCCUGGUGGUCCAGUGGUUAAGACUCUGUGCUCCCAGUCGGGGAUGGGGGCACGGGUUCGAUCCCUGGUCGUGGAACUGAGAUCCCCCAUGCCAUAUGUGCGGCCAAAAGUGGAAUGGAUAGCAGGGUCUCGAGCACAACCAGUAAUGGAGAGACAAAACCAGUGUGCCCAGGCAUGGAAAAGGCGGGGGAGGCCGGCGCCCUGCAGCGGGGGCACUGGAACAACAAGGUGGAGUUCGUGCUGUCCGUGGCCGGGGAGAUCGUCGGGCUGGGCAACGUCUGGAGGUUUCCCUACCUCUGCUACAAAAACGGGGGAGGUGCCUUUUUCAUCCCCUACCUCAUCUUCCUCUUUACCUGUGGCAUUCCUGUCUUUCUUCUGGAGACAGCACUGGGCCAGUACACCAGCCAGGGGGGCAUCACAGCCUGGAGGAAGAUCUGCCCCAUCUUUGAGGGUAUCGGCUAUGCCUCCCAGACCAUUGUCAUCCUCCUCAACAUCUACUACAUCAUCGUCCUGGCCUGGGCCCUCUUCUACCUCUUCAGCAGCUUCACCAUCGACCUGCCCUGGGGGAGCUGCCGCCACGACUGGAACACAGAGCACUGCGUGGAGUUCCAGAGGGCCAGCAGCUCCGUGAACGUGAGCUCUGAGAACGCCACCUCUCCCGUCAUCGAGUUCUGGGAGAGGCGGGUCCUGAAGAUCUCGGACGGCAUCCAGCACCUGGGGGCCCUGCGCUGGGAGCUGGCCCUGUGCCUCCUGCUUGCCUGGGUCAUCUGCUACUUCUGCAUCUGGAAGGGGGUCAAGUCCACGGGCAAGGUGGUAUACUUCACAGCCACCUUCCCUUACCUCAUGCUGGUGGUCCUGUUGAUUCGAGGGGUGACGCUGCCUGGGGCCGCCCAAGGAAUUCAGUUUUACCUGUACCCAAACCUCACGCGUCUAUGGGACCCCCAGGUGUGGAUGGACGCAGGCACCCAGAUCUUCUUCUCCUUUGCCAUCUGCCUAGGGUGCCUGACGGCCCUGGGCAGCUACAACAAGUACCACAACAACUGCUACAGGGACUGCAUCGCCCUCUGCUUCCUCAACAGCGGCACCAGCUUCGUGGCCGGGUUUGCCAUCUUCUCCAUCCUGGGCUUCAUGUCCCAGGAGCAGGGGGUGCCCAUCUCUGAGGUGGCCGAGUCAGGCCCUGGUCUGGCCUUCAUCGCCUACCCCCGGGCUGUGGUGAUGCUGCCUUUCUCACCCCUCUGGGCCUGCUGCUUCUUCUUCAUGGUCGUCCUCCUGGGACUGGAUAGCCAGGUAUUGAGAGGUGGCCGCUCAGAGCCCGAGGGACGGUGGUGUGUGUGGGCUGGGGGCAGUGAGCAGCGAACAGCUGGGGGCUGGGCGAGUGUCAGGUGCGGAUGCCCUGCCCGGGAACAAAGGGAGCUUUGGAGGGUGGGUCCGCUCCGGGGCUGUCAGGAGGCUGGCAGGGCUGCCCCGGGAGCGAGGCGCCAGCUGGUUGAUGGAGCUUCUCGUGAGGGCGCUUGCCCUCCAAUUCUUCGCCCUCUCGUCCAGUUUGUGUGCGUGGAAAGCCUGGUGACGGCGCUGGUGGACAUGUACCCCGGUGUAUUCCGCAAGAAGAACCGGAGGGAGGUCCUCAUCCUGGGGGUGUCUGUCACCUCCUUCCUCGUCGGGCUUGUCAUGCUCACAGAGGGCGGUAUGUACGUGUUUCAGCUCUUUGACUACUACGCAGCCAGUGGCAUGUGUCUCCUGUUCGUGGCCAUCUUUGAGUCCCUCUGUGUGGCGUGGGCCUACGGUGCCGGGCGCUUCUAUGACAACAUUGAAGACAUGAUUGGGUACAGGCCGUGGCCCCUUAUCAAAUACUGUUGGCUCUUCCUCACACCGGCUGUGUGCACAGCCACCUUCCUGUCCUCCCUGAUCAAGUACACCCCACUGACCUACAACAAGAAGUACCUGUACCCGUGGUGGGGCGAUGCCCUGGGCUGGCUCCUGGCUCUCUCCUCCAUGAUCUGCAUUCCCGCCUGGAGCUGCUACAAACUCAGCACCCUCAAGGGCUCUUUCAGAGAGAGAGUUCGCCAGCUCAUGUGCCCAGCUGAGGACCUGCCCCAGUGGGCCCGAGCGGAACCCUCUGCCCCGGCUACGCCCAGGACGUCGGAACUGGAGUCUCACUGCUAGGGGGCAGGCCCUGGGACAAGGGGCCAGUGAGCCUGGCUGUGGGGACAGUUGCAGAAGGAAGGCACAGAAGCAGCCCUGCUGUGCUUCUCUGCCCCACACCACCCGGGGUAGACAAGAUAAGAGGGGACAUGCUGGAAUCCACCUCUGAGCUGGGCAUCUCCCAC